AUGCGGUCAUAUCCUCGUCGGAGGAGUCGCUUCACUCGAUUCGGUCAGCGUCUUUCGCUUCGAGAAGUUUCGUGCAGCAGACGCGUCAAUCUGCGCCAGUCGUCUCCUCUUGCCAUCUUUGGUUCUUCGAGGCGUCUUAAGGCGGCAGAAAGCUUCCAGAGCACGUACGCUGGCGCUCAUAAGUAUCCAGGGAUCUCUUCGCGCUCUCUUCAUUUACUGCAACGAGCUUCUCUCGACUUGUCAUCUGCACCUUGCACACAGCUCUCGACGAGUCGCGUCUCCCCUCACUCGGAUAUUAAGCAGCCAGUCGCAGCCAUGUCGUCCAUGGUCGUGUUCAAGCGAGACGGUCGUCGUGAGCAAGUCGCUUUUGAUAAGAUCACUGCGCGUAUCAAUAAGCUCUGCUAUGGCCUCGAUACCAACUUUGUCGAGCCCAUCGAAAUAACCAAGAAGGUCAUCUCGGGCGUCUAUCAAGGCGUCACAACUGUCGAGCUCGACAACCUGGCCGCGGAGACCGCCGCAUAUAUGACCACGCGUCACCCGGAUUAUGCUAUUCUGGCCGCUCGUAUCGCCAUCUCGAAUUUGCACAAGGAGACGAAGAAGACUUUCUCGAGCGUCGUCGAAGAUCUCUAUCGAUGGGUGAACCCGAAGAACAACAAGGCUUCGCCCAUGAUCUCGGAUGAGACCUAUAAAGCAGUCAUGGAGAAUGCGGACGUUCUAAACUCGGCUGUCAUCUAUGAUCGCGACUUCAACUACAACUACUUUGGCUUCAAGACGCUCGAGCGAUCUUAUCUGCUUCGGAUCAAUGGCAAAGUCGCAGAACGUCCUCAGCAUAUGCUGAUGCGUGUCGCCGUCGGCAUACACGGUAGCAAUAUCGAAAAAGUCGUCGAAUCAUACAACCUUAUGUCCGAGCGAUACUUUACGCACGCUUCGCCAACGCUUUUCAAUGCAGGCACGCCUCACCCGCAGCUGUCGUCGUGCUUCCUGGUCUGCAUGAAGGACGACUCGAUUGACGGGAUCUACGACACGCUCAAGACGUGCGCGAUGAUCAGCAAAACCGCCGGCGGAAUCGGUCUCAAUAUCCACAACAUCCGUGCAACGGGCUCUUACAUUGCUGGCACGAACGGAUAUUCCAAUGGCAUCGUACCAAUGCUGCGUGUGUUCAACAAUACUGCGCGCUACGUCGACCAGGGCGGCAACAAGCGCCCCGGUGCGUUCGCCAUCUACAUCGAGCCAUGGCACGCGGAUGUGUUCGACUUCCUCGACCUCCGCAAGAAUCACGGCAAGGAAGAAGUCCGCGCGCGUGAUCUCUUCUACGCGCUCUGGAUUCCAGACAUGUUCAUGCGCCGCGUCGAGCAGAACGGCGAUUGGCCGCUCUUCUGCCCUGCUGAAGCUCCUGGGCUUGCCGAAGUUUACGGCAAGGAGUUUGAUGCCCUCUUCGAAAAGUACGAAAAAGAAGGUCGGGCCAAGAAGACAAUCAAGGCUCAGAAGCUAUGGUAUGCCAUCCUCGAAUCACAAGUCGAGACCGGCAAUCCCUUUAUGCUUUACAAGGAUGCUGCGAACUCCAAAUCGAACCAGAAGAACCUUGGCACGAUCAAAUCGUCAAAUCUGUGCACAGAGAUCAUCGAGUACUCUGCGCCAGACGAGGUGGCCGUCUGCAAUUUGGCCUCCAUCGCUCUGCCUACAUUUGUGACGGGCAAAGGCACUUACGAUUUCCAGAAGCUGCACGAUGUUACCAAGGUCGUGACGCGCAACCUUAACCGCAUCAUCGAUGUCAACUACUACCCUGUUAUUGAGGCUCGCAACUCCAACAUGCGUCACCGCCCCAUCGGUAUUGGAGUGCAAGGCCUGGCUGACGCCUUCAUGGCGCUUCGUCUGCCUUUCGACAGCCCGGCUGCAAAGAAACUGAAUAUUCAAAUCUUCGAGACGAUCUAUCACGCUUCUCUUGAGGCUUCGUCCGAUAUUGCGGCCGUUGAUGGACCCUACUCGACCUACGAAGGCUCACCAAUCAGCAAAGGCGAGCUGCAGUUUGACAUGUGGGGCAAGACGCCUACCGAUCUAUGGGACUGGGACUCGCUUCGCGAGAAGAUUGCCAAGACAGGCACGCGCAACUCGCUACUGAUGGCGCCUAUGCCGACUGCAAGCACGUCACAGAUCUUGGGCUUCAACGAAUGCUUCGAGCCCUAUACGAGCAACAUUUACUCGCGACGCGUGCUAGCUGGCGAAUUCCAGAUCGUCAAUCCUUGGCUGCUGCGAGACCUCGUCGAGCUUGGCCUCUGGGACGACGAACUGAAGAAUCGCAUCAUUGCUCACAACGGAUCGAUUGCAAAUAUCAAUGGCAUACCGCAAGAUCUCAAGGCAAUCUAUAGAACAGUCUGGGAAAUCAGCCAAAAGUCGAUUAUCGACAUGUCGGCUGAUCGAGGCGCAUACAUCGAUCAGUCGCAAUCGCUCAACAUCCAUCUGCAGAGCCCAACAUUUGCACAGCUGACAAGCAUGAACUUCUAUGGCUGGAAGAAAGGACUCAAGACGGGCAUGUACUACCUUCGCACAAAGGCAGCCGCCUCUGCUAUUCAGUUUACGGUCAGCCAAGCUCUGCAAGACGAGGUCAAGGCGACAAAUAAGAAGAGCGCAGCGGGCAAGAAGCCACUGGCUACGGUCACCAACGCGCCUACCGUUGCAGCGGUGACAAACGGGGUCGGCAAGAUGGCAGUGAGCCUAGUCGGCGCCGGCGUUGACAAGAACCCAACGGAGACCUACAUCAAGCCCGAUAUCAAGGCUGAAGUGAAGGAGGAGGCUGCCGUGAAGCCGGUCGAUGCUCAGCCCACGGAGGAAGGCGAGCUGACCUACGAAGAAGCUGUCAAGCGGCGCGAGCUCAAAGAGCUCGAGCAAGCUAAGCUUCUCUGUUCGCUGGAGAACAAGGAAGCCUGCGUCAUGUGCUCAGGCUAG